AUGGGUAGAAAGGGGAAAGAGUUAUCAAGCGAUGUAAAGAAUGUUAUAUGGAAUCUCUUAGACCAGGGAAAUUCUAUUCAGAAAGUGUCAGAGCUGUUAGGAAUUCCUCAUACGACGAUUUCAAGUGUGAAAAAACGUAUUGAACAGAGAGGUUCAGCGGAAAACACCAAACGAAGCGGUCGGCCUCCAAAAGUGACAGAUCGCCAUUAUCGACGAUUGGAAAGGUUGGUCAAAACGAACAGAAGGCAAAGUUUGUUAGACAUUACGAACAAAUUUAAUGAAAAUGUGGAUCAACCUGUUGCCAAACGUACCCUGCAGCUUUAUCUCCAUAAACAUGGUUUCUCGAGGCGAGUGUCUAAGAAGAAAGUGGUUGUGAAGGAAGUUAACAGGAAAAAAGAUUGUCUUGGUGCAGGGAAAAGAGACGAUUGA